AAAAUGUUGACAAUAAUAUCCAUAUGUCUUUUUCAGUUCAUUGAUUUUUACUUACAAAAAUCUUUAGUUUUAAUAAAAAAGUCAUGACUCCAAAUAAUUUUAAUGAAGAUGGAGAGAUUUCAAUCACUAAUCAGGUUGCCAAUAAUCCUAAUGUGGAUUCUACUUCAAGUGUUCAAAAUGCAAGCCUCGGUAUAUCUGGAAAUGCUGGUGGCGUCAAUAGUACAGAAACAAAUGAACAAUCACCCAUACUUCCACUCCGACUUGACCUUGUGAAAUCCCUUUCCGGUGUUUUCGGCGGAAUCACAGAAGGUGAAGAUUCAAAAUUACACACGGCUGCAAGGAGGGGCGAUGCUGAGGAGACACGUCGAUUGUUAUCUGGUAAACCUAUAAAGAAAAGAGACAUAGCUGGACUAAAUGUGUUAAAAAAAUUUCCCUUUCUUCGCUUUGCUCAUGAAAAAUAUGAAGAUGAAGUUACAGAUGCUGGUUUGGAAGCUUCAAAAAAAUUGCUCAACUGCAGAAAUAGACUCGGCGCAACAGCUCUUUGGAUUGCAGCUUCGUUAGGGCACACUGAAACAGUUGAAGCAUUAUGCGAGUGUGGGGCUGAUUUAGAGAUACCCGAUAUCAAAGGACAGACUCCAUUGCUUGCAGCAUCAAAAUAUAAUAAAACCGAAUGCGUCAGUGUACUUUUAAAAGCAGGAGCCAACCCUGAGGGUAGCACGGAAAAUAUAUGCUCGCCAAUUCACAUGGCCGCAAGAUCUAAUUAUCCAAACGUUUUACGGUUGUUAAUUGAAUACGGGGCGGAUGUGAACGGAAAAUAUUCUGAUACGGAAGAGAAUCGAGGCAAUAAUCUGUACGUGGGAAGCGUACCUCUAUAUAUGACAAUUGUAUAUCAGAAUUUCGAAUGCUUCCGACUUCUUAUUUUAAACGGAGCUGAACUUCAUGCUGCAUCUAAUGAAAGAGGAUUCGGUAGAUCAUUAGUUACGGCUGUAAUACGUCACCAAUGUGACGUUAAAUACCUGAAGCUGAUUGCAUUAUGUGGUGGAAUACGACAUGGUGAUAAAAAGGGAAUCGAUGAUGCUAUCAAUGAAUUUCAAAAUUACGUUUUUGGUCUUGCGUCAACAAGAAAAGAAUGCUUACAAUUUUUGGAGCUUUGGAAAGCCCAACCAAUGUCGCUAGCUCAGUUGUGUCGCAUAACAAUACGUCGUCAAAUGGGACAGCAGAGGCUCAAAAAUUUCAUCAAUAUUGAUCUUCCAAAGCAAAUUCAUCGAUACGUUUUAUUUUCUGGGCAUUUAAAGGAAUAACAAAUAAACAUUACAUAUUUUAGCACAUAAUAUUUUCCACUUUUUUCCUAUUUAAUUUUCACUGUUGCCAAUGUUUUAUUUAUAUUCUGCAUAAUCGUAUAGUACGGCACCAAUGAGCACUUGAAAAUGUCUCAAUAUGAGCUAGUAUGGAUGAGUUGUAUUUCGACCUAUAUUACUAAUCUUUUAAUAUAUAUACAAAUGAUUAUAUUUAUGAAUAAAUAUGUUUUUGUAUGUAUAUUGAAA